AACUAAAACAAGUCCAGCUAGUCUGUCAGCAUUGACAAAGGUUUACACCACCAACACUGAGAUCACAAAACAUUUCGUAGUUAGAGAGGUGAGGUUUCAGGAACAGAAUCUAGAAUAUAAUCUCUUUAUUCUAGGAUAGUAAGGUUGAAGGAACAGAAUAUAGAAUCAAAUGACAGCAAAACCAACAAGCCAAGCUUCACUCUCCAAGGAGGACCUGCUUUGUCCUGUGUGUUGUGAGGUAUUCAGCCUUCCCGUUCUGCUGAAAUGUGGCCAUAACUCCUGUAAGGAGUGUUUAAAAAAGCUGUGGGAAUGGAAGGGAGGCAGAGAAUGCCCCGUGUGUCGAACCACGUCGAGCUCAGAGAGGCCUCCUAUCAACCUGGCCCUAAAGAUAGCAGCCGACAUGUUUACAGAGCAGAGGACGACCAGGGGAGAGGAGAGCACAGUGGAGGAGUGGUGCCUUCUUCACAACGAGAAGCUGAAGCUAUUCUGUCACAACGAUGAGGAGCCAAUUUGUGUCGUCUGUCAGCUUUCUAACCGACACAAUGUACAUGCGUGCUGCCCUGUAGAGGAGGCUGCUCUGGAGAAAAAGAUAGAGGUCUCAGCCAAGCUUGAUUCAUUGCAGAAACACCUGAAAAUACUCAACAAGACUAAAGAGGAUUGGGAAGAAACCAAAAAUUACUUAAAGAGCCAGGCAGACCAGACGGAGCGACAGAUGAAGGAGGAGUUUGAGAGAUUCCACCAGUUCUUGAGGGAGGAGGAGAAGAACAGAGUGGUCAAGUUGAAACAGGAAGAGGAGAACAAAACUCAGGUGAUGUGUAUGAAGUUGGAGUACAUCGAGGAGAGGAUCGCUGCCCUCACAGACACCAUCAGUGAAGUAGAGACGUCUAUACGAGCGGAUGAUGUGAAGUUUUUACAGGACUACAAGAAGACAAAGAGCAGGACCAAAGGUCCCCUGAGAGAGCCAGAGUGUAUCAGAGGAAUCCUCAUAGACGCUGCCAAACAUCUGCAAUCACUCAAGUUUGGAAUCUGGAAGAAGAUGGCAGACAUUGUCCAAUGGGUCCCCAUAACCCUGGACCCCAACACAGCCCAGUCCAACCUCAGCUUCUCUGAGGAGUUCAGCAGGGUGAGGUACAGCAGAAAGAAGCUCCUGCCAGACAACCCCGAGCGCCUUACUAGCCGCAUCUCUGUCCUGGGAGCUACAGGAUUCACCUCCGGAAGACACAGCUGGACCGUAGAGGUGGGCCAGAGCAGAGACUGGUACAUCGGAGUCGCCCGAGAGUCCAUCAAACGCAAGUCCACCAUCUUCCUCAACCCUGCUGAGGGAUUCUGGGUAAUCGGGUUGUGUAACGGGGAGUCGUACUGGGCCCAGACGUCCCCGCGGACGCGCCUGGAGGUGAAGAGAGAGAGGAAGCCGUGGAGAAUCACUAUAGAGCUGGACUACGACCGAGGGAAGGUGCUGUUUCUGAACGCAGUAGACUCAACGGUGAUACACAUGUUCAAAGAGAGGUUCACUGAGAGGAUCUUUCCUUAUUUUGCUCCUGGGAUGUAUGAGGAGGGAAACACCUCCCAUCCCCUCAACAUCUGUCCCCUGACUAUAUCUAUAGAGGUACUGGACCAGAUUAAACUACCAUAAUACCAUCUGUCCCCUGACUAUAUCUAUAGAGGUACUGGACCAGAUUAAACUACCAUAACACCAUCCAUCCCCUGACUAUAUCUAUAGAGGUACAGGACCAGAUUAAACUACCAUAACACCAUCUGUCCCCUGACUAUAUCUAUAGAGGUACUGGACCAGAUUAUACUACCAUAACACCUCCCAUCCCCUCACCAUCUGUUCCCUGACUAUAUCUAUAGAGGUACAGGACCAGAUUAUACUACCAUAACACCUCCCAUCCCCUCACCAUCUGUCCCCUGACUAUAUCUAUAGAGGUACUGGACCAGAUUAAACUACCAUAAUACCAUCUGUCCCCUGACUAUAUCUAUAGAGGUACAGGACCAGAUUAUAAUACUAUAACACCAUCUGUCCCCUGACUAUAUCUAUAGAGGUACAGGACCAGAUUAAACUACCAUAAUACCAUCCAUCCCCUGACUAUAUCUAUAGAGGUACAGGACCAGAUUAAACUACCAUAACACCUCCUAUCCCCUCACCAUCUGUCCCCUGACUAUAUCUAUAGAGGUACAGGACCAGAUUAAACUACCAUAACACCAUCUGUCCCCUGACUAUAUCUAUAGAGGUACAGGACCAGAUUAUAAUACCAUAACACCUCCCAUCCAAUGACCAUCCAUCCCCUGGCUAGCCAUUUGUAAUCACCAUCACUAUUCAGUAGUCAAGUGUGCAAAAGAUGUAUAGUCAACCAUAUUAUAAUUAUAGCCAUUGAUAAAGGUCAGAAAAUGUUUAGUAGCAAACCAGCUAGUGGAUCUUGUGUAUUUCUGACCAUGCGUGUUUAUAAUAAACUUUGUGUACUUAUAGAAGGUAACCUUAUAUGCUGUACUUAUAGAAGGUACUCUUAUAUGCUGUACUUAUAAAGGAACCCUUAUAUGCUGUACUUAUAGAAGAUACCGACAGACAGGUUGAAAUAAUUCAGCAGUAAUCUAUUAAAUAAAACUAUCUAUUGGAUUUAAAAAGGUCAAUAA